CUAUUUAAGUCUCUCUCUGCCCUACACACUGAGGGGACGUCCAAGUGGCACAGGAGAAGCAGCAAGAUGGAAAUCAGCAUCGAGGAGGCUCUGAUUGAGGACCCGCUGCACUACAAUGCUCUGGAUUCAGAGAUGGACCUCUGCCCCAGCUGCACUGACUGCUGCCCCAGCUGCCCCAGCUGCACUAACUGCUGCCCAGGCUGCCCCAGCUGCAAGUCCUGCUGCAGCUGCUGGAAACGUGUCUUCUGCUGCCUCCCUAAGCUACUCUGCCGUCUGCCCAAGCUCCCUGGCUGCCCCCUGCACAUCAAGAGAAUCCUAAUCAUCGUGGUGGUCAUUGUGCUGAUAGUUGUGGUCGUCCUGGGAGCUCUGCUGCUGGGACUGCACGUGACCCAGGAACACACUGAGUCUGUUUUGCAAAUGACCAUUGAGCGGUUGGAAGGGGAAGAGUCUCAACUGCGGCUCUCCAUGGACUGGGAAGAAGAGGUGGCGACUUUCCACAUUGAUGCAGGAACCCAUGACCCGGGCACGGUGGUGUAUGACUACAGUAAUCUGCUGAUCAGCUACAAAUCCUGGCAAGGCCGAGCCUGCUACAUCACCAAGAUGGACAAGGAGAACAUCCAGGGCCUGGAUACCACUGCGAAGGCAUUCCACCAGCAUUUCCAGCUCAAGUCGCUCAUCCCGACACCUGAGCAGGGUGAGGAGGAGGAGGAGGAGGACAAAGGGUUUCCUAUGCCUCUGGCUGAUCGCUCCAUCCUGGGCACUACAAUUAACAUCCUCUGCAGCAACGUUCCUAUCUACUGGGCUUAGCAAGGCCUCAGGGAAAUUAUGAACAAACAGGAAAAUGAAGGUGAAGAUGACUGAGUUAGCUGCAGAAGCCAAUAUUUUAAGUUUCUCAUGUUGACCUGGCUGACGUCGAUUUAAUUUUUGUUUUUUGUUUUUUCAAAUAUUUCAUUUAACUAUUUUAGUUAAAAACAAUUUUAACAAAAACAAACCUGAUUUUAAAAAUCUUGAAUGUUUAACUACAUUCAAAAAUUCAUAUGCUUGUUUUGUUAAGAUAUUAUAUGUUUGCUGUUGAAGAAAAAAAUCCAGAAUACGUAACGUUGUUGUUUUAGUUAAAUAAAACAAUUUAAAUGUCUGUCUGGUGAUGCUCUCCUCCUAAUAUAGCAUGGCAAGAAAAUCCUCCAAAUAUUAAUUAUUAACUUGUUGAAUUGGAGAUAGUUCAUCUCCCAAUGACUUCAUAAAGAUCUGCUUCAGUUACCUUUGAUAAACAAAAUAACCAAACAAUCAUUCAUUCUCUGAUAUAGCUGUAAAACUAAUCUGAAAAGUUUUCAAAAUAAAUCACUGUUUAAAAAUGUA